CUUUUGGUGUCUCUGAAGAAGUGCUCCAUGUAUGUAGGUGGGACGCUAAAAGGACAAGUUGACAACAGUACCAGAAAGCACAGCAAAAAGAUUUCAAUCAUUUAGUGACUACAGCUCCAUAAACUGAACAACAUUAAAAGAAGCCCCAUGAAUUGGAAGAUUAUAAAGCCAAUUCUGUGAAACACUUCAGCUCCCAGGGUACGCGGUGCUCCGGCACCAGCAGUCAGCCCGCUCUUCAGCACCACUCCAGUGACACGGCACCCAGGAUGAAGUGCUUCUUCAAGAGAAACAUGGGAGGUUCACCCGGCAGUGUACGUGGCCUUAGGGCUGCUGGAGCCUAUCCCCAAACUAGGGGGUGUAGAAAAAAAAGAGACUGAGAGAAGAGAGUGAUGGGGACAGGAAAACCCAAGUGAAGGAGAGCAGCAGCGCCAGUGACCACAGUGGGGACUCAACAUGCAGGCGGGGGCGAGUGUGUCCCCAGAGUGGUCCCUGUUUCCUGAAGAGGGUGAAAAGCACUUGCUGACACUACAGACAGUGUGUCCAAGCACAGAGGAGGAGGACUUGGAGGGCGUCUGCCCGAUAAGUGCCCACUGGCAGAACAGCAUGGCUAUGGUAGCGCUGCCUGGGGCGGUUGUGGUGCAGCCCGUCUUGCACAAUGUGCCGGCAGGCAUGGCUGUGAGCGUGCGGGAAGGGGUCUGUGUGUUUUAUGACUUAGGGCUGACACAGAGUAAUGUUUUACAAGAAGAAGGGCAAGCAGUUAGUUCAGAAAGCAAGCCAGCAGAGAAACCAGCAGACAUGCUGCUGACUGAGGUCCAGCAGCUGACACCAUCUGAAGUGGGGGGAGUAGAGGAACUUCUUUUCAGUCUUGGGGAAACAAAGAGCUGGAGCUACAAAGCCAGUGAUGAUAUAUCAGACCCAAGCAAUGAAGGUAAAGAGCAGAAACAUGCAACUCCAUCAGAACAAGCAGCUGUGAGAAAUCCCGAGAAUCCAGAAUUUCAGAUUUGUGCUCCACAUCAGAAAAAAGAAAAAGAAAUUUUCCGCUGUGAUUUGUGCACAUUCACCUCACUCAGAAUAUCAAGUCUUAAUCGUCAUGUGAAAACCCAUUCUGAUGAGAAACCUCAUGUGUGUCACCUCUGCCUUAAGGCUUUUCGUACAGCUAGUCUCCUGCGUAACCAUCUGAAUGUACAUACAGGGACCAGACCCUAUAAAUGCAGUGACUGUGAUAUGGCAUUUGUGACCGGGGGUGAGCUUUCACGGCACAGGCGUUACAAGCAUACCUUAGAAAAACCUUUCAAGUGUUCAUUGUGUAAAUAUUCUAGUGUAGAAGCAAGCAAAAUGAAACGACAUGUUCGCUCACACACAGGAGAGCGUCCUUAUGCCUGUGAACUUUGCAGUUAUGCUAGCAAAGAUGCAUAUAAACUGAAAAGGCACAUGAUAACUCAUUCAGGUGAAAAACCCUAUGAAUGUUAUGUUUGCCAGUCCACAUUCACUCAAAGUGGUACCAUGAAAAUCCACAUGUUACAGAAGCAUGGAGAAAAUGUGCCAAAAUACAAGUGUCCACAUUGUAGUGCCUUUAUUGCGCGAAAAAGUGACCUGGGUGUCCACUUACGAAAUCUGCAUUCCUACAUGGCAGUGGCAAUUAAAUGCAGUGACUGUGAAGCUGUAUUUCAUGAGCGCUAUGCUCUUGUUCAGCACAAGAAGACUCAUAGAAAUGAAAGAAGAUUCAAAUGUGAUCAGUGCAGCUAUGCAUGUAAACAGGAACAACACUUAAUUGUACAUAAAAGAAACCAUACUGGGAAGAAGCCCUUUGCUUGCUUGUGCUGCAGCAAAACCUUUCAACAAAAGGAGCUUCUUACUCUUCACUCUAAGAAGCACCAUGAUUCUAAUAUUAAGCCUAUAGUUGAUGAAUGCCCUAAAUGUGGUAAGGGCUAUUCACUCUGGGAUAACAUGCAUAAGCAUGCUGAAACUUGUGGCUUAGUGAGGGCAAAAACUGCUACACCCAGAAAAAGAAGCAAGGACAAAAAUAAACCCCAUGAGAACCAAAAGCAUGUUAAGCAACAAGAUUCGCUCACAGAAUUGCAUGCAGAUCUGAAGCAAGUUUAUUCCUCAGUAGCUGUAUAGAAUUGAGAUCUGCGUGAACUUCAGUACUUUGCUGAGCUCUAGCAUCCAUACAGCUUUUGGGAGCAUUGGAUUAUCAUGCAGAUCUACUUGGAAACUAAGAGCAGUUAGCUGGACAGAUGUAGAGCUGCCUGACAAAAAUGAAGCGGCAGCAGUGUGUGCUGGUGUCAGAAACCUUGCUUUCUGGGCAUGCAAAUCUUUCCUUCACCUUAACCUGACUGGCUUUCAAGUGCAGAUGAGAGCAGCUUUUUUCCCACUCUUUCCCCUUUAAAUAGCCUCUUGCAAGUGCUGCCAUGUAAGAUAGUGAUCAUACAUUUAGUACUAGAUCCAAAACACACCCAUGACUUUGAUUUUAAUUUGGUCUUCAAUAAAGCAUACUUGUAUUAUAUAGGAAAGCUCAUGUUUAUAGUACAUUUAAAAGUCAGGGAAGUUUUAAUUGUCACAUACAAUUCUCAACUGGCUUUUGAACUGCUGGUUUUACUGCUUAAUUAAUUACUAUAGUUAGAGUAAUUAGAGUAAGUACUAUUGAUUUUUAUAAUUAGUUACAAUUAUCACAGUUGCCAUUUAUGCACUGUUCCCUCAUUUUUUUUCAUCUAUAAUUAAUACUUGGAAGCCUAUUCAUAAAAUCUUAACUACUGUUAAAAUAUUCAUCUCUAAUGCUGCUAUUCUUAUGUUUCAUUAUAAGUAAGCAGUAGCAUUACUACCAAUUUUAAUACUACUUCAGCAUAUAACAAAUAAGUAAAAUGCUAAUUUCAAGAUUAACAUCUGUGUUUAACUUCAUUAUAAAUAUGGUACUGAAUUUGACCAAUAUGAAAUGGUUUGGGGUUGCAUGUAGAGCAAGCUAUGUAUGCUAGUUAGGCUGAUGUGGUUGGGGGUAGUGAAUUCUGCUCUGUGCUUUGCAGUCCAGGUGAACUGCAGUUUGACAUCUAAAUACUGCAACUUUUAACUUUUGCUACUUUGAAAAGUCUGUUAAAAAUGAAAGCUUAGUUUUUGCCAGUUAGUAUAGUAAAUUAACACCUUUAUCCUAUACUUGCUAACCUGUCUACAUGCCUGUUUUACAGGGAUAACGUAAAUUCAGCAGCUGUUCUGCUGUUAAAAUGACUCAAACCAUGCUUAGGAGCUUCAGCUGCCUCACAGUGUCUUAAGUAUCUCUUAAUGUCAGUAUUAGCAAGAGAUACUUGCUGUCUUGCAGGAGUAAAUGAUCCAGUUUCAGAAGAUACAGACCACUCUGUACUAAAAGGCCUCAUCAAGACCUUAAUCAGCUCAAUCAACUAUAUGAACAGGAAUUACCACUUUAGUAAUAGAAACCCCAGUCAGUUUUGUAGAGUAUGCUUUUAGCAAUCACUGAGAAGUCAGUGCAUUUAAUUUAUCAAAAUUACUCCUUGAUUUUAUUCAUUGUGUUAUUCAAGUGUCUCAUAAAGAUUAAUGAUUAAUG